AUGAUAUAAAAAAUAAGUGAAAUCUUCAAAUAAGACUCUGAAUUUUUGCGAUUUUUAAAGAAAAGUAGCCUUUCAAAAGACAAUUAAGUUUAUGACUAGGAAGAAAUAGAGUUUUUAUUAUAAUUCAUGAUUAAGGAAAAGAAUCUCAGAGAUUUUUUCGAAUAUUACUCAAACUUUGAGAUACAAACUUAUAAUGUUAAAAUGAAAAUGCUUAUUAUCACUCAUUAGUUUAUUCAUUAAAAUGAAGAUUUCUCGAAAAUUUUUUCCUCUUUACGAUUAAAAAAUUUUUUUUUACUCAAACACAGUCAUAGAAAUUAUGAAACAUGGCUAUUAUUAAAUAUAUAAAUUCCAUUUCUAUCUUAUUUAUAAAAAUUGGCCAUCAGCAUCAAAGACAUAAAAAGUUUUAAAACCUGCAUUUUUAGAAAAUAAAAUUGCUUAGAGUAAAUUUCAUAUAUAACUUCAGUUUAGUGAUAGAUAGUUUUAAAAUGGUGAAUAUUAUUAAUAUGGCCUUGUUUCUUGUGCCUACUUUGAAAACAGCCUUAAUAAACUUUCCAUAAGAUCUAUUAUUAUAAAGAUUAACUUUAAGAAUUUUUUAAGAAAUUCAGGGAUACUAAUAAAAUUUAAUGAAUUCCAUAGUAUCAAUAUUGAACAAGAACCCAUAGAAUUAAAGUGUAGAAAUAUAUGAACUUUUAAGAGAAGUGAUUAUUUGAUAUAUUGUAGAUAAAAACAAUAGAAUAGAAAAUGAUACUCUUUCAUAAAUUUCGUAGUCUUUAUGAUUAAAAAGAAAUUAUUAAGUCUCCUUUGUAGAUCUAGAUAUAAUUCUAAGAUUAGAGUAAAUCUCCUAAAUCAGAUAAGGUUUGUAAAGCUUAAACAAAAAGAGAAUAUCUUCAUUCAUCAUCUAGAACAAGAUUAUCAACAGGAGGAGAAGCAAUUACACCAAAGAGUUAAAGAUUUUAAAAUUAUUUUGAACAUUAAUAUUCGUCUUGUGCACAGCUUAUACAAAAAGAUUAAGAAAAAGUGAUCCAAGAAGAAUCGGAAACACUGAUUGAUUAAACUUUAUAACAAUGA